CAGUUACAAUUCAAAGAUCGAAAAUAUUAAAUUUCAAAUAACUUUUUGUUUACUUUUGAAACUGUUUAUGUUUAAUCAUUUAAUUGUAACAAAUCUCUGAAUAUCAAGUUUAUAAAGAUACUUACGCAUAACACCACUUAAUAAUGGAAAUUGAAGACCUUACGAUGGAAGAGAAGUGUGAAAAUCUCAUGAACGUAGUGGUGGAAUCCCGAAAACGUUUUGGAAAAAUGUGCAUAGACUACGAACGUAGAAUAUCCGUAAUGGAAAACAGAUUAUUGGAUUUGCAAUUAGAAAGAAUAUCAAAGCGUCCUUGUAACAUGAAACCAACUGUUCCCAUUGCGGAGGAAGAUGUGUGUAAAGAAAUUGAGGACUUCACAACAGAAAUAAUGGACCGGCAACACCGAAUAGAUGAUUUGAAGAAACGAUUGAGGAAUACUCUGCAGAUAGUUGUACAGUUGAAAGCUGAUAGUAUUGGCAGACGUCUGAGGGAACCUAUAACCGUCGAUAUAAUGUUAGCACAGGCAAAGCAAAAGAAAAUGACAUAGCAAUACAUUUUUUAUAAUCUUUAUAUAGUAUUGUGUAUAUAUAGUAAAGUAAAAGAUGCGGCUGCUAUUUGUUUCCUAAUAUCUUUUAAAUUACAUAACGGAUUUAAAUGCAGUUUUCAGCAAUAGACUGAUUCAAAGGAAGGUUUAUAUGUAUAUUACAUGUGUGUUAUAUUAUAGAAUAACAUAAGGAAAUUAUAGAUAUGUAAUGCAUCUGGGCAAAGUAUGGAUGGUUCUCUAGUAAAUAAUAAACACUGAACAAUUCAUAUAGUGCCAUCUAUUCUAUAGCUAAGCAGAGCAUAUGUGAUGGGUACUAGACUAAUUAUUACUUUUAAUAAUAAUAAUUACGUUUUUGUAAAUAAAUAUAGGAUACAUAGAGAAGACCUAGACAAAUACAAAUAAUUGUACUCUUAUGCAUGAUUACAACUGUAUUGAUUGUGUGAGGAAUUGAACCUGCAACCAUUAGAGGAAAGAUGGUGUUAUAAUCAGAACACCUCAAAGGCUGUCAAAAUGUACAUUACUGGCAUGUGGCUCUUUCACAGUUACAUACCUAGUCCAUAGUUUCCUUGAUUUAAAAAUAAUAUCUGAUAACAUAUCCUACGUUGUAAAAUUUUGAAAAUUGGUUAAACAUUGUUGAGUUUUCCAUUACUUAUAAUUGUAAUUUUACUAUAUCUUUUAAUGCUUCAAACCAUUCAUCUAUACAUCUAGACAUAUAAAUAAAAUUGGAGU